GGUUGGCCAUACAAACUAAAAGAUGCCGCAGUCAAACCAUUUGCUUCUUGUCUACAUCUACUAUCUCUGAGCAAUGGGUGUUUGCUAAAGCAUGACAAUUGUAUACGCAUGCAAUUUGCCAUCUUUUGUUGCAGCAGCUUUAUAAAGCAUAUAUUGGAGCUGAUCGAAUGAAAAAACUUGCUCAACGUUAUAUAUGGUGGCCAGCAAUAGACCAAGGUAUUGAAGCCAUGGUUUGUAGAUUUGAUGUUUGCCCUCUUUAUCGUAAUGAUCCUCCAACAACUUCUUUACAUUCUUGGGAGUUCCCUGUUUACCCGUGGUAGUGUUUGCAUUUGGACUUUUCUGGACCUUUCCAAAAUUUGUUGUAGCCAUUGUUACUCAUUCAAAUUGGCCAGAAGUUGUUAAAAUUCGAAUUGCUGCAAAACAGAUAUGCCCAAACCAUUGCUGCUUUAAGUCAAGUGAUGGCUAGGUUUUUUAAUACCUUGACAAGUGGUAAUGGAUAAAGGUCCCCAAUUUGUGUCAAAAGCAUUCAAGAAUUCUGCAAAUUGAAUGGCAUCUUACAUCUCGAAAUCCUUUGUAUCAUCCACAAUGUAAUGGCCUCGCUGAGCUAUUUAUUCAAUCAUUCAAGAAGGCAGUGUGCAAAGGACUGGAAGAGCGAAACGUAAAACUAGAUGACGUCGUUGAUCAAUUUCUGUCUGUCUAUAGGAAUACUUGUCAUCAGACGACAGGACAGACACCAGCUAAACUUCUUUUGGGACGGCAUCUGGGAUAUUCAUUAGACCUUCUUCUUCCGCCUUUGCAUAUAGGUACUCUGGAAACGUCGUUGAAAAGAAACAUGCAAAAGUCACAAGCAAAGCAGAAAGAGUUUUAUGAUUGUAGGUCAAGAUCUCGAAAACCUUUUCAAAUUGGAGAUGACGUUUUACUUCAACAACAGAAAGGUUAAGAAAAAACGAAAUGGAAGCCAGCUACAGUUACUGGAAUUCUUGGCAAACAGUAUUAUUUAGUGAAAUUAAACGAUCAGGUUACAGAACGAAAAGUACAUUUUGAUCAGCUGCAAGCAAGACCUACCUAUACAUGUAAGAAGACAGUCACUGGUUUCUGGUUGUAAUGAACGUUUAAGAAAGCAUGCAAAAGCAACUCCGUUAAAAAGUGCACAUGUCUCUAAUUACAAUGAACUUCCUAGCAAGAGCAUUUCAGAAGAAGAAGAGGUCGUACGUGAACCGAGACAGAUUUCCACCAAGUCUACGAAAGGACAUCCUCCUAGACGAUAUAUGGUGAAUGGGUAUGACUGGAUCGAGACAAUACGAUCAGUGCCUUCAAGAUCACGAAGCAAGACUGUCAAACCUCGUCAUUCUCGUCGAAGUCAGACCAAGGUAAAGAAACGUGUUCAGUGCAGAAACUUGGAAGAUACAAUGCAAGAAGAAGCUGACAUUUCUAUUGAAGCAUUGAACAUGCAAGCAACAGUUAUCAGUCAAAAUGUUGAGACUGAAAAUGAGUGUUUGGAUGAGCCACAGGAAAGUACAGUAUUAGAAACUUCUGGUGUGAAUGUUGGCGAAAGCAGUGAAUUACAGUCUGAAAAUUGUGACUUCACUAGAGAUAGACUAAGUGCAACUAGUGUGCAGGAAGUAGAGGUUAGUGUGCCAUUGAACUUGGAUCAGUAAAUUGAUUGAAGAAUUAUACCUUUUAUCAAUCUAUAUACAUACAUGAAUUUGGAGAAUGCUAACUGUGUGGAACAGUUACACUAUGAUGUACUUAAUGUAGCAAGUGAGCUGUAGCUGUUCUUGAAAAUUCAGAGCUAGA